AUGGCAUUAGCUGAAACGAUAUUAAGAAAGCUUCACAAGUCUGGGCUUAUACCUAAGAUUGUCAAGUUAAUUCCUGUAAUUUCAUUUUUACUUGCUCUUUCAAGUAUUGCAUGGUUGUUUGUUUUGCCUUAUGAAGGGUUUUACAGAAACACGUACAUCUCUGAAAAUGCAUUAAUGCCAGGACAGGUUACUUCAUAUUUUAGAGAAAGUGAAUGGAAUAUAGUUAGAGGCUAUAGAGGAGAUGUUCAUAAUUUUGAACACAAGCCAAUCGAUGAAAGAAAUGCUAUAGUGGAGUCAUGGUUGACUGACAUUGGCUUGAAGACAUCAUAUCAUACUAAUCCAAAAGGUACUAACACAUUAUAUGGUAUAAUGCAUGCACCUAGAGGUGAUGAUACAGAAUCUAUGGUAUUGGCAGUUCCAUGGACGACAUCAACUGGUCAAUAUAACGAAGGAGGUGUAGCAAUCAGUGUUGCAUUAUUGAGAUAUUUUAAUAAAAUGUCAAUAUGGUCAAAGAAUAUCAUCCUAGUAUUUCCUGAAGACGGACACGCCUCUUUGAGAUCGUGGGUUGAAGCAUAUCACACUUCUUUAGAUAGGACUGCUGGAUCUAUUGAGGCUGCGAUAGUAAUGGAAUAUGAAGGAGUAGCUGAUUAUUUUGAUUAUUAUGAGAUUAAUUACGAAGGUUUAAACGGCCAAUUGCCUAACUUAGAUUUAUUGAAUACUGCAAAUACUGUAGGUCGCCAUGAAAACCUUCAGUGUUCUAUUCAAUCGACGCCAGCAAACCAAUUGCUGACCAAUACUUAUUUCUCCAGAUUGCGAGUUUUGUUCAGAGGUAUUUUGAACUUAGCUUUAGCUGGGUUAAACAGAAACACGCCUGGAUGUGAAGCUUUUUCUGGCUGGCUGAUCCAAGCAUUUACAGUUAAAGCAAGAGGUACUUCUGGACCUGCUGAUGUUACCCAAUUUGGAAGAAUAAUUGAUUCAACUUUUAGAUCAGUAAACAAUUUAUUGGAGAAAUUUCAUCAAUCAUUCUUUUUCUAUUUAAUGUUGGCACCUAAUCAUUUUGUAUCAAUCGGGACAUAUUUACCGUCGGCUAUUUUGAUUGCAGUUGCGUUUGCUAUUAGUUCAUUUGGAUGUUUAUUGAACAGUGGUCUUCAAAUGAGUUUAUUCUUGGGGACAUUUAAUAAAUUAUUGAUAAUUUUCACCAGUGUGGAAAGUAUAUGUUUUAUUAUUUCAAUAUUAUUACCAUAUUUGGUUAAAUUAUCCGCCAAUGAAGAGAAAUUAGGAGUGAAUAUUGUCCUCUAUGGCCUUAUAUAUAAUAGUGUUGCAAUUUCAAUCUCACCUAGUUUCAACAUUCCAAGUUUGAAGAAAUAUAAAUUAAGUAAAGAGUUGACUUAUAUGUUAAUUUCAAUGUCAUUGUUUUGGAUAGCAUUGUUGAUUACUACGUUGUUAAUUGUUCACUUUGCAUUAGCCUUAUCUAUUGGUUUUUUUGCAUUACCACUUACGUUUAUUCAGCCAAUCAUUACGAACGCAAACCUUAAGACAUUAAGUAACAGGAAAUAUUUAUCAAAGAUUAAAGUUACUGCAUGUUUAGUUCUGUCAAGUCCAAUUUUCAUCAUUUAUUUGAUUGGUAACGUUUUUAUACAUGAAAAUCAAGGUGCUACAGUAUUGAUGAGGGGCUUAUUAACUUCUUGGAAUGAAUUACAAUGCUGGACUUGGUUUAUAAUAAUAUUGGGAUGGUUACCUGCUUGGUUGAUUAUUGCAUUAAGUUGUAUCAUAGGUGAUUUUGAAAUGGACCAAGUUGAAUUGAACCUCAAAAAGUCACAAUAA